AGGAGUUUGGGAGCCAAGUCUCCUGUAAGCUGGAGGUGUUAAUGAGUUAGCAGACUUAUCGCACUGCUCCUGGAGAAACGAAAGUGUUGUGAACAGACCGUUGCACGGGCAGAGUGAGAGUUUCAUCGGAACAAUCCCAGCUCUGAGGGAAGCAGGACUGGAAUCUCACUACAUCUUAACCAAGGUGCUAAUUGGGCUAGUGAUUAACGGAGAACAUUGAGAUGCUUGUUUUGGGCUUAACUGCAAGAGGGUGUCACUCAGCAUCACACAGCCCAAGGAUUUCCGUAGCAGUGCCUGGAGCUCUGCUGCUCACAGAACUGAACGUGUCAGAAAGCUGUUUUAAUAAAACCAGGUUCUCAGAGCAGAUUUUCUUGUCCUGGCAACUUCGGAAUCCCCCCCCCCUCACCGCCAAAAAAAGUGUGUUUGCAGAGGAGAAGGACAGAUACCGAAACUGCUUUUAUUUUCUCAGCGAACACUUUUUUUUUUUUUAUGCAAAAAUGUGUAAAAUCUCAUUGAAAAAACACCGAGCAGCGUUGUGCAGUAUUCAAAAUACACGCUCAGGAUCUGAAGUGAAAAAAAGAACGAGUGCCCUGUGCUGCCAACUGCCAAACUCAUAGAAAGCACCGUUGUUACCUGUUUAAAGAAAAUCCACGCUGUCAGCUGCCAUCGAGCCUUGAGGUGGGCACAGCUUAGACCUUUGGCUUCUUAUUCCAAAGUAAUUUACCCAGCUGUGGUCCAAGCCGCAGGGUGGGCUGCCGGGGAGCUGACACCUGAGGAGCUGGGUUUCCUGGGCUUUCCAUCAGCCAUCUCUCCGUUAUUUCACCCAGAGGCUGCAGAGAGGCCAGAGGAAGGAAUUGGCCGUGGGAUAUGCAGGAUUCCGUGUUGCCUGGGCUUUGUCCGAGCUCUCUUGGAGACAAUUCAAAUGAUAAUUUCACGAAGGUGGUUUAAUACCGGUGAAAAAUGCUGGGAAUUUUCCAGUCACCUGUUUCCUCGGCGCCCCGGUGCCCCCUGCAUCUGUCCAUGCUGAACGCUAGAUGGGGCGUCAGACACAGGGUUUGGUCCAGGAUUUACAGGGAAGAACAACUUUUUGCAGAGAAGUGAGUCACGUUUGAGAAAAACAGACGAGAGAGGAGGGUGGACUCACAUCUGCAGAGCUGACCACUUGUGUUGUGAAACGUGAUUUCUUGGGAUACACAACAACCCCGCCACGUGGCUGAGCAGGGUUCACGGAGAGCAAUUUCAGCAGGGGACUGAGAACAGCCAGAGGAAGAUGGAGAGUUUGGAUAAAGAAACGAGGCUGUUUAGCUGAGAUCUGCAGAGUCUCGUCUGUCCAUCUGAAUUAAAGGUGCAAGCAGGGUGCCUUGCUCACCUCACAGGCUUCAGCAGAAACGCCCAGGGAGUCAAGAGCCUGUCAUCCUUCUCUUGCAGCUGUUCCUGCCCCCUCUCCCAAGAUCUCCACGGGAAUCGAGUGCUGAGGCGACCGAGCGGCACCUUCCCCCAAAAUGAUGGAAAACGAAGUGUUUCUGUCAUUUACGUUCUACAGCACAAUUUUGAUCUUAAAAAUGUAUGUCGUUGCCAUCAUUACGGGACAAGUGAGACUCAGAAAGAAGGCGUUUGCAAACCCGGAGGACGCGCUGCGCAACGGGGGGCUGCAGUUCUGCCGCGAGGACCCCAACGUGGAGCGGUGCCGCAGGGCCCACCGCAAUGACAUGGAGAACAUCUUUCCCUUCCUCUUCCUCGGAGCCAUCUACUCCAUGCUGGACCCCAGUCCUGCAGUGGCCAGGAUCCACUUCCUCAUCUUCUGCGUGGGGCGCGUUGUGCACACCGUCGCCUACCUGCUGCGGCUGAAGGCGCCCGCGCGCUCCGUGGCCUACAGCGUGGCACAGCUGCCCUGCUUCUCCAUGGCCCUGCAGAUCCUCCUCGCCACCACCCCGUACUGGUAACACCCGGAGAGACCGGCCAGCCGAACCCCCUCAUCCUGCACUCCGAUGGUUCCCUGGCGGGACGGGGUGCUGUGUGUGUGAGUGUGAACAUGUGUGUAUGUGUGUGUGUGUGUGUGUGUGUGUGGGCACGUGGUAGGUUGCCAAGGAGGUCACCUGCAGCCUUGGUAAACUCCCUGUGCUGUUGAGAUUCAGCAGGGAAGUCACCGGAGAGAAGGGAUGUGUCUCCCUGUGGAGCAGGAAGGGAAUGCAGAGUCAGGUUUCUCUCGCUCCUGAUGAGGGCAGGAGGGGGAAAGCACAUGAACUACCCCUCAAGGAGGGGUUUCGUUGAAGGAAAGGAGGUUUUCUGACUCCACUGUGUUCGGAACUGGGAAGGUGAAGAUGUGCCUUUUCCCCUUGGUCACAAAUAUCCCGUGAAUCAGGAAGGGAAAAUCAUGAGGGUCUCACAAAGUCUUUUGGUCAGCAGAGGUAGAAGAGGGGGUUAUAAAACAGCCACCCUCCUCUUGCCCAGCCAUGUGGGUCUGUGGGGAUGGAGUUCCCUUAGGUUCCCUCUCCCACAAGGAGAACAGGAGGCAGGUGCCUGCCAGACAGAGUAACAUGGACGUCAAAACCUCCGGGGUGAUGUUGUGAAGACAUCGGAGUGUUCAGUGCUCCCAGAGCCACCUCGUCUCAUGCCAAGGGACACAGCUCCCUGCCAGGAGCCUCACUGCAGGCAGGAUCCUGCCUGUCCCUCAGCCAGCCUUCAGCAGCUCCCUGCCAGCAGCACCCGUGGCUUUUCCAUCUCAGUCUCAUCCCAGUAAGAUGCAGAGCAUCGUGCCUGGAGCAGCCAGCAGGAACCACUUACCCUGCGGAGAACCGGACAGAAAUCUCUGGGACUUCUGGAAAGACUAAAAUGCUCACACAAAACAGGGAGUUUGCAGACAGAGCUUUCUCCUGAGGGUGGUAUCUGUGUCCACAUGCCACUAAUGCCUGACUAUGCUCUCAAGGGCAGCAGACUGACUUUCUCCCCCUGUUUGUAGCCUUUCUCUGGCUGCAGAAUGGCCGCUGCUGUUUGGGGAAUGUGCCGUGACCGCUUUGGGGGUGUUUUUUUUCAGCUGUUUCCUGCUGUCCAGUGCUGCCACACCGUGUGCAGCCUGGACCAGCUGGGGUUUGCAGAAAGCUCUGGAAGCGAGCAAAGUGGCUUUGAAGAGUGUAUCACUGCUCUGCAGUGUCACCUGAAAGUGUUGUGUUGGAGAGGAGAGACUGAGACCAGGGUGACAAACCCUCCUGAGCUCCUCUGUCCCCAGGUGCCAGGGACUGCAACAAUGGAGCAUCCCUGUGGAGGACAAGGCAGGAGGAAACCUCUGGUCUUCAGUGCCUCUCCCCCCUCUGAGGGCAACACAAAGCCUUACUAAGACCACAGGGGAAAACAGAAUAAGCAGAAAAUAAAGUCCCCUUCCACCUGCCCUCCUCAUUAAGGCUGCUCCCUUAACUCUGCUGUCCUGAGAGAUGCUCUUGCUGAGGCCUCACAGAGCACUGGUGACACACCUGCUCAGACUGAUACUCAGCCCUUGCACAGCUCAGGUAGCAGCUUCUGUCCUGGUAAUUCCUGACCCCAGCACAGAGGCCAAGCUGUGUGGUGAGGUUUGGAGUGGAAUGCUCUGCUCUCCUACCACAUUAGGAAGUGGGCAGGUUCAGCAGUUUUUGCUCUUGUCCACCUCUCCCUCACAGCCUCAGCAGAUGUCUGGGUAACACAGACCCCGCUUAACAAGCCUUUUCUGCCUCACAUGGUGCACAAGGUCUCGAACCCCUGUACAUUUCUCUGCUGCUGCACAUGCAUCCUGGUGGCAGGAAGCAAAUAUUCCCAAUAAAAACAAAUCAUUGUGCUCAGAUACAUCCUUCCUUUGGGAGCAGCAGAUGCAGCUGGGCAGCAGCUGGGUCCAACCCCAGCAGGAUGGAUCCCCAGCUGUAAAGCCCUUUGCUAGACCCCACUGCAGAGCCUGGAGUACCCUGGGACUCCUAAAGAGACAUCCCUUUCCUCUGGACUCACCUCCCCUGCAGAGGAAUCCCUUUUCCAGGUGUGCAUUAUUUGUGCUGAUCCUUUAAAUUCAGCAGUAGCCCUGCUCAGUUUUCCUUCCCUGAGUAGCAGGUUGUUGCAAAGCUUGGUUGUUCACCUAAAAAUCCUGGAAAGCUUGAGAAGUUCAGGUAAGAUGUGGUUGCUCUCAUUUCUGUGCUUAUGACUUGCAAAGGAACUGCCUGUAUUUUCCAAGCUCAGCAGUCCCCUUUUUUUUUGGCAGUAGGUUGCUGGGAAGCCAAUGCCUCAUUUCCCUGGUUUUCCCCUAUUUUCUUAAGUUGUUGGUGUUUGGGAGGUGCUGUCCUAUGUCUGUUGUAGCUGGAUAAAAUGGCUCCACUUUAUUGUUUUUUUUUUCCCCUCAUGCUUUUAGAUGUCAAAUAAGAAAGGCAGCAGCUUUAUAAAAUGGACUCUCUCCAGUACAUGUUGCUGUGGUUGGAGAUGUGGCUGGGACUGAGAUUUUGGCAUGGGAAGUGAGAAAUCAGGCUGCAGAACCCUCACCCAGCUCCUUCAGCCUCUUCUAGGCUGCCUGUUCAGUGCCUGAGGCUGAUGCUCUGCUCAGGGAAGUUGAGGUUACAUGCACAGCUCGGCUUUCUUCUUUUUUAUUAAAAAAAAAAAUAAACCCUGCUGUACUGGCUGCAGGGAAAGGCUUGGGAAUGUGAACUCUCCUAGCUCCAAAAAAACAAACAGAAAAAGCCCACAAGGCAAACUUCAGAGAGGCCCAAGCAUUGUGCUUAUUUUGAAGCACAGUGGAGGUUUGUGGGAGGCAGGAUGGAGCCGGGCUCGGCUGCCUGGGCAGCACCAGCCCCAUCCCCAUCAGGGCUCUCCCAGGACAGGGUGAUCAGAGCUGCUGUUUUUCCCCUGGACACUGCCAGUGGUGUUCCCUGCAAGUGAUGAACUAAAGCAUGCCCUGCCUUUUUCCAAAUAAUAUCUAAAGCUCAGAGCUACUGGAUUCCUGCUCCAGCAUCAGCGUGGGCGAAGGAUGUGCCCAGGGUCUACCACAGCUCCAGGAGAGCAGGGACAGGGGUUGCAUCUACCCAGUCUGUGGGUUUUGGUGUGUGCAUUUUAUGUGCCAACUUGUUUUUCACACUUGGCUCAAACAGGAAAUGGCAACACUGAAACCCACCUGGGACUGCAGAACAACAGAGUUUGGUGCUUAAGUGGGUACAAAUUGAAAGAGGGAAAUUUAGGUUAGAUACUAUAGUAGGAAGAAUUUUUUUUACCAUGAGGGUGAUGAGACACUGGAACAGGCUGCCCAGACAGGUUGUGGAUGCCCCAACCAUGGCAGUGUUCAAAGCCAGAUUGGAUAAGGCCUUGAGCAACCUGGUCUAGUGGGAAGUGACUCUACCCAUGGCAGGGGGAGUUGGGACUAGAUGGUCUUCAAGACCUUUCCAACCACUUCACAGUCUAUGGUUAUAUGUGUAAGUAUGAUCCACAUGGCCGUGUCUUCCCUCUGCCCUGUUGAGCCCAGGGUGUCUGGAGGUGGGGGAAAAGCAAGCAGAGACCCAGCACAAGCCACUUUCCCUCACACAGUUCCAGCUGGUUCAGUCCCAGGGUCCCCCUAACCCUGAGCACUGGACUUGCCCCUUCCUUACCUGACCACAGCACUUCCCGAGUCUCUCCUCUUCAAGCCUUCCCCUGGCGGCAUCUGGACCAAAAUUCCUUCUUGGGCAGCUCUCCUGUGACACAGGUCACUGCCUUCUCUGCCCUCCCAAAAUCUCCCAUUCCCUGUAGCAGACGUGGGGCCCUUCCAUCUCGUGCUGUGGGGUUUGCCACUCAAAUCCUCUCAUUCCUCUUAAGGAACUGGGAUUCCUGCGACUUGUAGAGAGAGUGAGAGGAGCCAACUCCACAGGCAUUGACAUCCCAGGGGUGAGUCCCCUGGAAAACAUAACGGUGCUUCCCUGCUCGUCACACUAGGAUGAAGUUGGCACAAGGAAAACUCUCCACGGGUUUUUUUCCAACCCGGCUCUGGGGCUGGGCUGUGAGACGCCCUGUGCUUGCGGCGUGGGUGCGAGCCCCAGGCAGGGAAAGGGAGCGGGACAGGGGGUCCCUGGCCCGGUGGGGUGGUUGGAGCAGAGCAGAACAAUGUGAUGGGGGUUCACCGGCGGUCCCGCGGGCUGCGCUGCGCUCCCUGCGCGGGGCUGCAGCACCAUCGUGUGGCUGCGGGCACCCUGCGGGGGAUCCUCGGCCCCGGGGACCCGCACCCAGCGAGCCCCCAGGGAGCCCCCAGCUCGGGGCAUGGCUGACCAGGGAGCUGAGUGCCGGCCUGGAGGUGUUUGGGAUGGAGGGUGGGAGGGAGGGUGCCAUUCCUUGGCGAACGGGUUGAGGGGCCGGCUCGUAUCUGCUCCAGCGCCCAUCAGCCUCUCCAAAGCAGGCAGAUGUGAUGCCUGGUACAGGGAGCUCAGACUUGUCCUUUGGGACUCACUUAGCUGAAAAACGACUGCUUUGAGGAAGAAAACAGUUUGCAAAUGUCCUUUCAACUUUCCCCUGCUUCUGAAGUUGUGGUGUAUGGAUGCAAUGCUGUGCUUCUCCAUACAAUUGUUCUUCCUUGCAUGUGGUGACUCUUACUUGGCUUUGUAACAACCUGCUACAAAGGGAACCUUUGCUUCCUCCUUCCUUCCCAAAUUGUUUUAAAACCUUAUACCCCCCAUGGACAGCUACCAUCCAGCUUCUCGAAGCUUCUCUACUGCCUUAGUUUGCUUUCCUGUGGGGGCUGGAAAGAAGCAGCAGCAAGCAAAAUAUCUGCUGCAGGGAGGAGAUGCUCCUUCCAGGUGGACUGUGGAGUUUGGGGUGAGCAUCACACCCCCUGGGACAGGAGCAUCACCCCAAAGGGCAGGAGGGGCUCGGCUCCUGGGAGGUGACACGCUGCUGUCACAGGUACCUGUGUUUCUGCGGGUUGUAGGUGGUGUCAGCAGGGCUCAGAGGGUCUCCAGACCUUCCCGUUGCCACCAGAGGGAGAAGGGCUCAGCGCGAGGAUAACGGGAGAGGAGGAUGCUGUAACCACGAGAUGUCUGUGUUUCAUUCUGGAUGGGGGUAACCAGGCUGGUGUCCUUGCGAGCUGGAAAAUGUGAGCUCUGUUUUGUUUCGCUGCCGUGGCAGCCGAGGCUGAUGACAAUACAAAAUUGUUCUCAUUAAAACAUUGUAGGGGCAAACUUCAACUUUUCAUCAGUCAGAAAGUCAUGCAGAAGUGUCGGGCUGUGGGGUCAGAAACAAGGAAAGGGGGUCCAGGGAGAUCCUCCCAUCAGCUGAGACUUGCCCUGGUUGAAAACCAGCUGCUUUGAGGAAGGAAACAGUUUGCAAAUGGCCUUGCAACCUUCCCCUGCUCCUGAAGUUGUGGUGUAUGGAUGGAGACCAGCUCUCCUGCAGAAAUUAGUUCUGCUGAUGGAUGUGCCCUUCCUAGGAGGAAAAAUGCCCCUGUGCUGGAAGAGAAGGAGAGAUAGCACAAUGCCUCUGAGCUCCUCUUCAUUGGCAGCCUUCCCCUGGCACAUCCCUCCCCUGUGGAGUUCAGACCCUGCCAGGUGAGCUGCAGCUCUCCAUGCCUGUGUGUCUCCUGGUUUGCAGACCCCUCGGGAGAUGUCCAUCAGCUCCUGGGAGCAGGCUGACCAUGGGUUGAGACCUUCUGCUCUAGUGGGAGAUGAACUGAAGCUGGGACAGUUCAGGCAGGAAAUAAGUGACAUAUUUCCAGCAGUCAACAGUAAUGAGUCACUGGAAGAAUCUGCCCUGGGAUCUGCAAGCUCUUCACUUCCAAGGGUCUUUUGACUUGGGGCUGGAUGGCCUCCAAAGGGGUGCUCUGUGCUGGCCACAUGCUGAGGACGUGAGGAUGCUGCUUGGGUGAUAUUCUCUAGGCAGGAGGUUGGAGAAAUGACAUUAAUGAUCUGCAAGCCACUUACUGAAUGAAUAAAUAAGUGGUUACAAAGCAGCAGUGCAGCAGUUGGACAGGGAUGGUCAAGUGUGUGGUACUGUGGUGGGUCUGGGGUGAUGUCCAGCAUGGGGAGUUGAUUCCACUGGGUGAUGCAAGGAUGAGCCUUGCACUGCUCUGGGAAAAGCUGGGAUGUGUUGCUGAGGGGCCAUUCCUGAACCCUGCAGUCCACGGGGUCCAUGUGCCCCAAAGACCACUGGUGAUGCACCGUGAGCUCCUGGAGCUCUCUUUAACUUUGGCUGCCCCAAGUAUUUGGUGUCAGCUUUGCCCAACCACUGAUUCCCCGUGUUUUGGGUGCUCUGUGCCUGCUCUGCACCUGUGAGCCUUUGCUCUCUGGGAAGCACUCCAUGAUCCCAGAGCUGAUAGUUUAUUCUCACCCUUUUAAAAUUUUAACUAGUCAUCUGUGCAGAAUAUGCCCCUUCUUGCUGCCUGUCAGCUCAAAUUUUGCAGACCUGGAAGAGAAAACCCACAGAGAGCCACAUGCUGCUCUGGUCCCUGUGAGUGACUCUCUCUAGGAGCCAUCCUGCUCACAGCAUCCUAUUCUAAUCCAGGCUCCUUGCAAAUCCACUCAGUUGUGAGGCUCUGCUGAGCCCUCAGUGAGGCUGGGCUGCCCUUCAGGUCCCACAUCUCACCCCCUCGGCCCAGCUCUCUCCCAUGUGCCCCAUCAGUGCCCAGCCUCCAGCUCACCAGGUUAGUGCCCUCCUUGGUGCACAGGAUGGAGCCUGAAGAGCUGGGUUUGCUGCUGAUUUGGGUUUGUGCUGCCCAGCCUUUACCCAGUCUGCAUGCUUGACAGAGCAGCAUCUGUCUGAGUGCCUGGAUGUUCCUGCAGUGAGAGUAUAGGAGAAAAUCUCCGUAUUUCUCCACUGCCUCCAAUUCCCUGAGCAGGUCCAGACCUCUGUGUUGCCUCUUUCCGGCUCCCAGGGCUGUGGGAUAACUCUCUGCUAGUCUCUGCUGGGACCAUGGAUGAGCCCUGUCCCCAGAGAAUGGGAGGUCUGUUAACAGAUGCCCAUCUCUGAUGUCUGUGGAGCAUCAAUUACUGUUUGCAGGUUUCCAUUCCCACUUACAACGCUGGAUUUGACCUGGUAACCCUGCAGCAAGGGGCUCUGCUGCCUGCUCCUGGCUGCAUCCCAGCUCAGCCCAUUCCCUUGCUGCUGGGGGGAAAUGGGGGUGCUGCUCCCAAAGCCAUGGGUGUGAACUGGGACCAGCAUUAAUGGGGGCUGCCCAGGACAGAUCCUGUAAGUUCUGCCACUCCCAGUGGGAUUUUGGAGGGGAAGAGCAUGCAGACCUCUCUUCUUUGACACCCCUUCCUCAACAGCCCACACUCAUUAUCCCCAAAUGAAAUAAGAUGGCUCUGGAAAGGCCCUCCAAUUAGCUGUUAUGCAGGAACCUUUGUUAGGCUGUUUUCUGUGCUCUCUCAAUUUCCACUAUCUCCAGGCAUCAGCUGGAGGGUUCCCAAGCCAGAGGGAAGCCCAGCAUUUCUGGGCAGAAACGUGGUCCCUCCACCCCUUCUCAGAUCCACAGGGCCUUGACAUGUUCCCCCCUUGCUCCUGCCUCUCUCCCAGGGCAUGUGGACCAUUUGUCUGGAAGCCUGGGAUGAAAUCCAGGUCUUGGGGAGAAGCUGUGAGAUGCCACCAUCACUCAAGGUGAAGGUGGCCAGAUCAUGGCUCUUGUCCCCUGCCCAAAACAGUGGGUCCCCUGCCUGGACUGCUUGUCCAGGGCAGGUGGGAAACCACAGUGGCUGAUGAGGGAAGAGCCAGGUCCCCAUCACAUGCACUGACACGCCUCUACUCAGUAAAAUAUUUAUUCCUCCAUUAUUUCACAAGAGUUGUUUUUACAAAAGACCUUACAAAAAUUUCCAAAACGCAGACAUGCAGAAAACAAAACAAAACAAAACAAAAAAUCCACCAUGGAUCUUGUUACAAGUAAUUGAAAUGUACAAAUAGAAAGGGGGAGAGAGAGCUUAGAUUACAAUAAUCCCUCGGUCCUGCUACCCCUCCGUGGGUGCAAUUUGUAUCUCGUCUCGGUGAGUUCAGCACUGACUGACAAGCUGUGAUAAGCUGCCAAGAGCACGGCAAAGGAGGGGCCCUAAGAUUAGGAGCAAAUGUUUUCAAAUAUAUAUAUACAUAUAGAUAUUUAGUGAAGAAAUAUUUAUUCCCUGCUUUUUUUAGGUUUACAGAAACGGCAUCUGCAAACUAUUAAAUGGGUUUAUUUUCAUUAAUGUUCUCAAAGAGGCAGCGACAUUUAUAUCCCUGUGGUUUCAUCUUGUAUAACCGAAAAAAGAGCCCUGUGCUUUUCCAUGGGAAUAGGACCCCCCCCCGGGCCUCCUCCUUCUGCCCCAAGGGGUGUUUCUCAGGGUGGGUGAUUUGAUCCUCAGUGGAUCCCUCUUCCCCCUGUCUUGGCAAGUCUCUGUGUGGUAUGGGGGAGUUACUGGCAUGGCAAAUGGGGGAAAUACCAGCCCUGGAAAUAGGGAUGGGGGCAGAGCAUGGGUUCUUAGGGUGACACUCCUCCCUGGAUGGGGUGGACAGUGUCAGUCAGGCUGUGCCCUGUCCCUGCCUGCCGUGCUGGAGGAGGAGAAGGUGGUCAUUCCCAAAUAGAUUGGGUGGAGCAGAGAAAACUGGGGCUGGAGGCAGGAUGGAGGGGCUGGUUCACCCCCAGCCAGAGGAGAUGUGCUCCUCUCCUUGUUCUCCCAUCAGAUCUCCAGCUGGGUGCUGGGUGAGUACUCCUGGGUUGGUGCUGUCUGGGGUGCAGCUGAGGGUCCCACAUAUAGCUGCAGUGAGAGCCCCAAUGGGAAUAGGAGAGGAUGUUCCUGGGAGCUGUGGGCACUCAGAUGGUCACUUUGUAGUUGUGACACUUUCAGCCUUGGUGUCACAGACCAGAGGAUGUUUAUCUGGAGGAAGCACCUCAGCAGUUGCUCUGUUCAUCCUCAGACCUGCUGCUACAGUCCCCAAGCCAAGCCCUUCCAGGCGAGUAGGGCUGGUGCCUUCUCUGUCCGGGCCACCCCUCUGAGCUGGUGGUGUCCCCACGCCUGGCUGGUGGUAUUUUGUGGUGGGAGAGGAAAGGGUGGCCUGGUUUCCAGAGGGUAACACCUCCAUCCCUCUGGCUCAUUCCCCAUUGCCACGGGACUGGCAGGGGAAGGCGGAGGCUGCGUCUCUCCACGGCUCAGUCCCAUGGGCUGGGGCGAGGCUGCCCCCGCCGUGUCCAUCCCCCCACACAUCCCACCUUGCAACCUCAUUAGGCUGCACGGCAGGGUGGGACGAGGGGGAAACCAUUUCCUCUCUGCAAAACCAAAGAAACCUCCCCCCGUGGCGUCGCCGGCCCCAGACCCCUGCUCACAUCUGCGGAGCUGCCGACAGGGAGGCUGUGCCUCCGGAAGGCGAAGCCUUCGUUGGCACGAAGCGCUGGGAGCCGCCUACUCAGCUGAAACCCAACAGCUUUUUCCAAUUUUCUCUUUCCCUGGGACGGUUCAAUGACCUGGGGCUCUGCAGAAUCGCUGGCAAGCCCACCAAGGCAGGGCAGCAGUGCCUGCUUGGGGACUGGCGAUGCACCCCUGGCUCACAGGAGAGCUCACAGGCUCCAAGAGAGGCUGGUGAGAUGCUCCAGCCCUCCUUGCUCCUCUGGGAAGGAACAAAACCUGAUGCCAUUGAAUAGGCUACUCCUAAAUGCAGGCAGCACAGUGUAGAGGGCUGGCUGGGACUGGCCAUGGCACAGAUGAGCCAUCAGCUUCCCAAAGUCCCAAACGCUGUGGCUGGGGCUGCGCAAAGAGGUGAACACACAGGUCAGCUUCGGCACUUGUGGUUGAGCGCCACAAGUCACAGCCUGGCGGAAAGGGGAGCUCGUGGUCCUCCCACCGCUGCACGUCCCCGCGGGAGGAGAAGACCCAAGAACUCUUUGGCUCUCUGGGCGAGAUACCCAAAUUGGUCAAAUCCAAUAGUCCAAGAUCCUUCCAUGUUUGGAAGCAAAUUCUUGUUCCCUUGGCAAGUCUGUUUGUCCUCGAAGAGCGCGUGGGGGGUAUGUGUGUGUAUAUAUAGCCGUUAUUAUAAGGGUGUGCGGAAAAGCAAAUUUCUAACCAAGUUUGCUCCAUAUGUGGCUAUAAUUAUGUGCCACUUCGGCCUGGGGACUGACUCUACCUUCAAAAGGGAAGGGAAGAGGAGAGAAGAGGUGCUGAGACACACUGGAUGAGUGACAUGUGUUGGGCAGGUGGCGGAUUCGUCCUGGACCGCCACAGGAGCUCCACGUUGUAUCCUGGAUGAGGCCACUGGGCGGGCUUUGCCCUGAUCAGUUCACGGUCGGCACCUGGUUCUGAUGGAGGCUGAACUCUUUGGCUUUGAGGCGCAGGCUGGCGAUGCUGUUGGCCAUGUUCACCCCUUGGGUGGGCGUCGCGGUCCCGCUGGAGCUGUAGGAGGGCACAGUGCUGCGGGGAGGGAGCAGGGAGGAAUGAGGCGUUGCCCGUGGAGAAGUCCCCAUGCCCCUCGUGGUCCUGCCGGCUUCCCAGGCCAGACUGCCCCUUCCCUCUCAGAGAUCUCCCACAAGAGCAGCCAAGGCUUCAGCAUUUUUAUGGGCGGCUGGAUGUGGGAACCCCUCAAAGUAUGCACCAGGAAGCCCUGCCUUGAGCUUUUGGACGAGAUGGCUGGUCGUGAACAGCUGGGAACCAGAAGGGACCUAUGUCACCUCCUGUGCCGAGAUGUGGGAAGGGUCAGCAUGAGGCCAGGCGAAUCCCUUGCGAGUACCAGGGCCCCAAAAUGCAUGGAGACAGAGAAGCUUGCUCAGCAACAGGCAGUGGGUGCUCAGAGAUGAAAGGGGUUCCCAAAGCAAAGUCAGACAAGCUCGUUUUGGCCCUGUAAAACUCCCUAAAUCCCCAGCAGCAGCACAAGGCUGCAUUCCUACAGUGGACUGGUCCCUAGGCAGCCCUAUGGCCACCUCUCCCCAGCUCCUCCAAAGCCUCCACCUACCUGUACGGGGAGGUGCUGGUCCAGGAGAGAUACUCCGGGGUCAGUGCGGUGGGUCGUGGUGCCAUGGGCUGCUCAAUGGCUGCCUCUUGGCUGUAGGAUUUGAGGAGUGAUGCUGAUCUGUUGGCCAGCAUGGCCCUCUCGUUACGGCGAAACUUGGCCCUCCGGUUCUGAAACCAGACCUGCAUGGGGAGGGAAGGGGGUCAGCAGGGAUGUCCCAAGCGUCUGUCCUACCGAUCGUGGUCGUGUGCAGGAUGAAACCAGAGAGGGGACAGUCCCUGCUCCUGCCUGGGGGCAAGGCAGAGGGUGUUGUUUUCUCCCACACAAACCUGUGCUCACCUGGACUCUCGCCUCGCUGAGAUUGACCCUCCUCGCCAGCUCCUCCCGCACGAAGGCAUCGGGGUAGUGCGUCCUCUCAAAGACCCUCUCCAGAGCCUGCAGCUGGCUGCUGUUGAAGGUGGUGCGGUUCCUCCUCUGCUUCUUCUUCCUCUUGGCUGCCCCACGGCUUGGGCUCAGGCUCUCACCUGAGGGGAAAGCACAGAAGAGGCCAUGUGAGAGCCAGACCUGUGUGAGACCCCACAGACCCCACAGCCCAGCCAGGCUCAGGCCCUCCUGGAGGUCUGCACUCCCUGUGGGCACCUGGGAUUCUGGAGGGAGCAGCAUAUGUGCAACCCUGUGGUCACCAUGAGAAUCAAAACCUAUUCCGGGACCUGCAGGAGCUGAGGGUUAACCCCAAUAUUUGCAAAGACCUGCAGUGGUUUCACAUCUGGCUAAAACCACCUGGAUCUGAUUUUGAAUACCGGUCUCUGUGGAUUUUUGGGCAGCACUUGAUCCAAACUGGGGACAUGCCCACAGGGUGUCCUGGGCUCGGCUCAUCCUAAGGCAUUAGCUCAAGCUUUCCUGAACAGCCAUGGAAAUUCAGCACCAAAACACACCCAACAUGAGGGUCUCAGCUCCCACCUCCAGCACCCCCUGAAGCCCCAGCCGUGGCAUGUCCCCAGGGUGACACAGGACUGCAGCCAAGCAUCUGCUCAUCCAACCCCGGCCUUCAGAGCUCGGAGCGAACGGCACCGCGUCUCGCAGAGCUCAGCCUCCACAGUGUUUAUUUCUGGCUUUGCUGGCUCAUGGAAACAUGAAGCUGAGGGUGUAGUUUGGUUUCUCAGUAUUGAUCUUGGGCUGUCAGCCAGGCUGAGAUUAAUCUCCUCUUUGUCACUAAUAUCAUAAGGUUUAGGCAAGUUUAUGAAGUCUUUUUCCGAGACACCCAGUCAGCUGCCUGCAAAGGCUUCAUGGGGAGCACGACUCGCUGUCGUUCUGCCUUAUGGAGGUACUGGUUAAUGAUUCUUUCUGUUAAUAAAGCAUCUGGAUCCAAUCUGUA